UCUAAUAUAAACUACGUUGAGUGAGAAACCUGUAACUUUUAAUUUUUCAUCGUCGAUUAUUUCAGAUGGGACUUAGCAAGCACUGCCUUUCAUGUUUGUCUGAGUUAACAGUGUGAAUAAUCCUUUUUCCAGGGCCAACCCCCAAAAAAAUGAAUCAAGCCAAGGUGACCAUUUACAGCAGGGCCACUUGUAAUGCACCUGAAGUAUUAAAUGGUGAAGUCACCAAGACCAUGUUCUGUGCAGGUAACCUGCAGGGAGGAGUUGACUCCUGUCAGGGUGACAGUGGAGGUCCCCUGGUCGUGAAAGAAGGAGAUCGAUGGUGGCUGGCAGGAGCUACGAGCUUUGGUUAUGGAUGUGCUUUGAAGAACAAGCCAGGAGUCUACGCCAAUGUACCAUUCCUUAUUGACUGGAUAUACGAAAACAUACAGAAUAACUGAGACGUCGGUGAAUUUGUGAAAGGAACUACUUGAGUUACUUGCAAAACAAAAAUCAAGCAACAAAAUAAUUGAUCGGCAUUUUUAUAUUCUUGUUUAUAGCAUGCACUGAAUUUCUUGCAUUUGCACAAAAUAAAGCUAUUAUUUGGUCCAAUAAAACUAAUUUUCAGCAAAGAGUUGUUUUUUUGUAAAUUUACAUUGUGUGAUAGAUGUGCUACAGGAAAAUGUAGCUUUGCUUUUCUUACUUCUGCCUGGCUGACGAAGCUUGCUAUGCCUGAUACAAGGAAAUGAAUUCAUACAUGUGCCUUUUAGCUCCCACCUCAACUAAGUAUGAUGUCAUUGAAGUGGAACAGCAAGGUCAAAGCCAGGAAAUCUAAUUUUAACUGUGUCACAUAAAUGUAAUAAAUUCCACUAGAGUUGUAUCUCAUAACUGUUUCAAAAUAAAAUAUGACCAAUGUCAAAUGUUCUGAAA